UCCGCCACACAGAGCCCUUUCAAAUCCUAAACCACGACAACCGCCCAUCAAAUCCUUCCCAUGAUGAGCAGCCUCGCCUUCAACCAUGUCCUCCUCCACCGCCUCCGCGUUCCGCCUCCCUUCGCCAUUCCCGUGCUCUCCCGGCGUUUCUCGGCGGCGACGGGGCGGAGCGGUGUCCGUAAGGUGCGGCAUUGGGGAUUUCAUCGGCGGUGACCUUCUGAAGCCCGACCUGGGGCGAUGGCUUGAUGAUGUGGAGAAGCACAAGGCUUUGGCAAUAUAUUCGCCUCAUGAGGGCGGCUAUGAGGGCAGGUACCUCAACAGGCUUCGUUACCAGGGUUAUUACUUCCUCGAUAUGACUGCGCGCGGCCUCGGUGAUCCAGAGACAAUGCUCACCAAGAUCUAUCCCGUCUGCCCGGUGUGCUUAUCUACCACCUUGCCUUUAGAGGCACAUGUUGGAAAGCAGCCCAUUGCAAGAUGGUACUUCCCACCUGAGGUGGAUUUCAGGCUAGCUAUGUUGCCUCCAAAUGCCAAAGGUCUUGUCUUAUGGAUAAUUGAAGCCAAGGUCCUAUCAAAGGCAGAGCUACAAUUCCUAGCAUUGCUCCCUAGUCUCCGUCCUAAAGUCCGAGUCAUCGCAGAAUGUGGCAACUGGAGGAAAUUUAUAUGGAAGCCACUGAAAGAAAUAUCAGGACUUGUGCCACUUGUAGAAUAAAACCAGUCAGCUUUUAUAAAAUGAAAGAAGAUGUGCUUAUGCUACACCAAGUAAUCUGAGAACUCAUUGUAUUCAUUACAGUGCAUUUCUUUGAACAUGAUGAAUUUGUACUUGAGGUUAAUGGUUAAUCUGAAUAUCAAAGCUUCAUAAUUGCAGACUUAA